UAUCAGCAGUUCAAAUUCACUUACAAAAUGAGUCAUCUGAGCUUUCAGAAUACUUUACUUCGAUCUAGAUCUGUAGUUUAGUGGUUGUGUGUAUCUGACACGUCCAUGCGCAGUUUAUCUUGGAUUAUUUUCCCAUGCAUGAUCGCGGUCCUUGUUCAUUUGUGGUGGGCGAGGGACGAAACUGCCUUCUCUUGGGGUUACAAGUAUACAGCCACCAAGAACCUGAAGCAUACAAUUUUGGUUGGAGUUUUGUCUGCCAGGCAUCACCAUGAUCAACGGGAAGUUAUAAGGAACACAUGGCUUGGGUACCUCAGCAACCACUCUGAGUUCAAGAAUAGGGUGUUGGUAAAAUUUAUCAUUGGCAAGCAUGGCUGUGGAAUACCUGAGGAAGAUCGGGAAGACCCAUAUUCCUGCACCUUGCUAAACAUCACAGAGCCAGUUGCAGGGCUUGAUGUGGCCCUCUUAACCAUGCCUGAGUUUUUGGUGCCAUCUGAUGUCUCAGCAGUAUGUUUGGAUUUUAAGGUCCUCCACCCUGUAAUAAUAACCCAGUUGGGUGUGUUUCCCAGUGGCCCAAAAUUGAAUUUUAAAGGAAAUGUCUCAGUGAAGUUAUUCCCAGUAAACCAGGAGGAGGCUGUUGUGACUGCUUACUUUACUGCAUUUAGUCCAGGGAUCUAUGUGGAUGGCAUCUGGUAUAAAGCUGUUGAACAGUUUAUUUUGCCAAAGGGCUUUGAGGGUCAUCUGAUAUGGGAAAGCCAAGAUCUCGAAGGUCUGAUGACUAUCAAUGUGUCCAAGAUUCACCUGAACACUGGUGGAGGAGUACUUAAGUUAGGUUCUAUAGAAGAGGGCACCUUGCCUCACAGAAGUGCACAGGGUUUUCCUGGUCUAGCUGGAGGAUUUACUUUCUCAGUUCAUGAUGUGGCUACACUGAAAGAGCUGUUGCAAAGCCGUGCAGGCAGACAGCUCUCACACGUAACCAGGCUAAGACAGGAGGACAAAGCCCUACAAGAGGAGAGUGAUAUUUAUGGAGACAUAACUUUUGUUGAUGUUGUAGACACUUACAGGACUGUGCCUGCUAAACUGCUUCAGUUUUAUAAAUGGGCUGUGAAGAACGCCGAGUUCAAUCUGCUCCUGAAGACAGAUGAUGAUUGCUAUAUCAAUGUGGAUAGAGUAUUAAUGAGCAUUGAUCACAAAAGCUUGACACUGAGCAAUCUUUGGUGGGGAAAUUUUAGGCAGAACUGGGCUGUGGAUCGUGUAGGGAAGUGGCAAGAAUUGGAGUAUUCUAGUCCAGUUUAUCCAGCUUUUGCUUGUGGUUCUGGUUACGUGGUUUCCAGAGAUCUUGUGGAGUGGCUAGGCAGCAAUGCAGAGAAGCUCAAAGUUUACCAGGGAGAGGAUGUGAGCAUGGGAAUAUGGAUGGCUGCAGUGGGACCUCAAAAAUAUCAGGAUUCAGCCUGGCUGUGUGAGAAGGAAUGCUAUGUGGACAUGUUGUCUUCACCACAGCAUACACUGGAGGAGUUGCAUUCUCUUUGGCAGCACAAGAGAGAUUGUGGUGAUCCAUGUGGCUGUUACUAAGCUCACAACUAAAGGCUUUUCAUUGAGUGCUAAAAUGCUGAUCAAUAAAACAAAGAUUAAAUGAUGUAAAAUGGGAAAGUAAGAUAAGGAACACAUUGAGAACACACGUUUGAACAAAGCUGUCAACCAGAUAAAGAUUUUUUACAAUAAAAGUAAGAACAGAUAAACUACAAA